GUUGACCGAGGUCACGCGCACGAAUGGAACUGAUGGUGCGCUGUUAAAUGAAUGAGGUCCAGUGUUAAGGACAAUGGAUGUCUUAAACAAAGCUUGAGCUCGAAAAUAAGAGAAAUCACUAAGUUUCGUCGCCAUGAGACAAUCACCCUCGAACGAGAAGGGAGCUAUCACGGACGUGAAAGUUGUUGAUGUCGAGAAACGCAAGACCAAGGAUUCAGGCUCUGCAAAGAAUUAUGUGCGUAAGAUUUCACGUGUUAUUUUUGUUUGUUUACCGGCAGUUUACCGGCUAUGUCUUAUAGUAUAUUCUUAAUAAUUUGAAAAUAAUUCCAGGAGCAAAAUUUGAUACUUUUGUCUCUAUUUUACGCCUAUAAUUCUAGGAAUACGAACUGAAAGUUACGUGGUCGGACGAAAACCAAUAUAACAUAUUCCGGCGAUACAGCAUGUUCUUUGAUUUACAGGUGAGACAGCGUAAUUGAAUAACGUAAUCUAGAUUUCACACUAUAGGACACCACAUUGCAGCCUUUAUUUCCUCGUUUUAUUCCUGGGGUUUUUGUUGACACAAGAAAUAAUAACAAUUAGCAAAGUGCACAGCAAACUAUUCAAAUGACUCGCUAGGCGUCGAUGCUUGAAAUGGAAUGAAGGCGUGAUAUUGGGCCUAGCAGGUGUAAAAUCAUCGAUUGGAAAAUGAUAAGAAUCGUGCUAAUUACGACGUACAACCCUAAAAGUUAUAUGGUAAACCCGUUUGGUGUAAAAAAAAGUGUUAAUCCUUUGCAAAAUAACAAAUCGUUAACGUUGUACGGAUAAAUGUUCAAUUGAAAUGUCAAUUGUUUUCAAGCUAAUCCUUAUAUGACAUCAAAAGCUUUAUAAUCUGCUAGAGAAUUCCUUUUUUUUCUUAGCCUCGACACCCCGAGUACACCAUUGUUCUACAGUUUAAAGACAUAACAAUUAAGUUUAAUUUUACAUGUUCGACAGCUCUCCAUCGAUUCUUCAUGAAAAGGUUAAUUGCCUUUGUAGAAAGUUGAAUAUAUCAGUUUAAAACAAAGGUAAAAAACGUCGAAAGGGGUGUUUUUAUCUCGAUUGGUUAUGUCAAAUUCCUUCUAUUGAUAAUUCAGUCAUCAAGUGAUGCAAAGUAAACAAAUCGGUCUUAAUAUAAUUCGAUUUUUAUCCCAGGUAAUUUCAUAUAAAGUGAUAAAAUCUUCCUAUGCUAUGUCUUGAAAACAGUUUCAGAUUAAUUUUCAAGUGUUUGAAAAGAAGUCUGAAGGUCGGAGGGGACAAACACUUCCACGAAUUCUUACAUAGUGAAAACUGCCGCCGUUUCUCUGGAAACUUGUCGACCGGCAAAAAUAAUGCCGUCUGUUGUCAUAUCGGAAUUUAUAGCGCAGUAUAAUAAGGCCUUAAUAUAUACUCUCAGAAAAUAAUUUAUAAGAAGGAGAAAAUAAUAAGGAGGAAAAUAAAUCUGCCGUAUUUGUUUUGCAAUACGUACUUGUUUUAAAAGAAACAUAUGAUAUAUAAAAUAAAGCAAAUGUAUUUAAAUUAGGGUGCUUGAUCUUCAUGGCUGAAAUUCUUUCCCUGGUGCUCAAAAGGCACUUAAAUCUUAGUGAAUUAUGCACCUUUCAGGGCAUUUUCCCUGGGGAUGCCUCUGGGGAGCCCCCCAAACUCCUCCAAGGAAGGAGGCCCUUGUGCAGCCUUCAGUCACAUAAUCUGCUUAAUGCAAAAAAUUGUGGGAUACAACUUAAAAUGAGAUGGGAAGAGCAUGAGAAAAUUGCUAUAUUGGAAAGUCAAUUUUGAAAAGACCAAAUUUUAUGGGUGUUGAAAUGUCUUUAAAAUUAUAAGGUUUGUAUUGAAAAAAAUUGCUGCAGUUUCAAAUUCAUUGACAUCUGUCCUGAAAUAUUGUUGCUCUCAUGUUUAGCAAUUUCCCGGCCCUUCCCCUCUUCCCCUCCUUCUGCAGACACCUGGAUCCCAUCAGAAUCUGGAAGCAGGUGCAGGGUUCUAAUCCAAGUCUUUUUUAGAUGUCAAGACUGGUUUAUCACAAAUUAAGCUAUUCAGAUAUCCCUGAUUUUCAAGGUGCCGUAUAAAAAGAUCACCAAAUUAUUAAGAAAUUCAAGUUCAAGACUUAUUCAAAAGUACGUUGAAUGUAGCAAUACAAAAAAUUAGGGCUAGCUUACCAUGUUACAUUAUUGAGACGUAUUGCAUUGGAAAAGUGCAGAGUGGCCAAAGCAGCAAUUGAAUAAAUAAAUAAUUAACAGAGCAAAAAAAAAAUUAAACUGUAAAUGUUUUUUGGAGGUGCAGUGACAGUUGACAGUUCUAAGAGCUGAUAACUGACAAAACAAAUCAACAGAAAUGCAAUCAAAGCAUAUCCCAAAUACUGCUGAAAAGUUAUUGUGUUGCAAGAAACGCCAUUUGGUUGUGUUACGUUGCAUUUUCAAGCAAUGUAAAUAUUUUGAGGGGUGUCUGUAUUCACCUACAUGAAAUUUCCUUUUGUUUCCAGGCUGGCUUGAAAAAUCUAUUUCAGGAAAGGCAAAACAGUGGUCUUACAAUUCCAGAACUACCUGGUAAGAAGAUUACACAAAUUUGAACUCAUAUAUUAUAUGAUACAGUUAUAUGGAGGAUGACGAAAAUACAAAAAAGAGCAGAAGUCCUCAUUUGUCUUUAAUAACAUAAAUGCAUGAGUCCAACAGCAUUUACAAGAUGGCUUAUGAGAUUUGUUUGCCUGUGAAUGUAAUAUUACAUAGGGUGUUUUAAUUCCAUUCCAUUAGUUUUUGUAUCUAUAUAUUAAAGUUGUCCUAAGAUUUAUGGGGUGGAUCAGUUGAGACAAAUGCUGUUCUAAAUCACAAAGGAAGGCGUCAUGUUGGGAUGAAGGACUAUUACAGCAGUACAGUAGUUUUUUAGCACGAGAGAUUUUGUAAUAUCAUGUGUUUAACCUAGGAUAUAGUAAUUUUAUGGUAGACAGGAAUACCACAACUGCUAAAUUAGUUUAACGGUUGGGUACAAUUCUCCUUUAGUCACAUUUGCUUUUAUUGCACUAGCAAAUCACUUUGACCCUUAAAGCAGGAUUAUUGUUUGGGUCGAACCCUUAUAAGUAAGGUCUGAUGCAUGAGUUGCCAGAACAAAAUUAUUUGUUUUAUUCCAUAAUAUGUAUUUUACCGCGAUAUAAAUGCUGUCUACAAAUCAUCAAAGUCACCAGAUCAAGGAUCAUUUAUUUUGAAUUAUAUGCAUAUAUUAAACAUUAGUUAUUAAUAUCCAUGUGCAUUCAGAGCUUUUAAUUAGUCUCUUUCAAUGCUAGCCAGUUAUAUAUGUUAAACAUGCAGGUUUAUCAGCAAUUCUGUCUUUUCACACUGAACAGUUACUCGAUUUGCUGGUGGGAUGUUGUUUGGAGCAUUUUCAAAGAAACAGUGUAAAAAUGUUGAAGAAUUUUGCCAGGUAACUAUUGAAAAUUAAGAACGACGUUAAUUGAAAUUUCAAUAAUAUAUUCAUAGCUUUGUAAUCAGCAAUUAUGUAACUUAUAAUUUGUGUUAUGAAUCUUUUGCCAAGAUCAUGCAGUUGUUGAAGCAAUGUUAGCAGUGUAAUAAGUGUCCUUCUGGUCACUGUGGGGCCAUGCUAUUUCACUAGAGCCUCCAAAAACUAAAUUAAUAUACAGUUGUGAACCUCCUUUAUGUGGCCACCCUUGGUGUAACAACAAGUGUUCACUUAAUGAAGGGUGGCAGUCCGAUAAUCUUUAGAAGAAACAUGGACUUAAUCAUCAUAAAACAAUUAACAAACACCAAGUGGAAGCGGUAUCACUGGCGCACAAACAGGACUGUAGCAUCCAUAUCUGCACAUAUACGCCCGUGUAUAUACAGCGGAAAUCUGGGAAUAUUAUAUAUUUUUUUCUAUUUUGAAAGCAUUUUUAGUAUUAAAUCGGGAUGACAGAUAAAUCUUUUGGAUUAUAUUAGUGUCUCUGUGUUAGUAUUUCCUUUAAUUUUAUCCAUUAUUAUUCUAUAAGCUGACUGCAAACAACGUUAUAGUGGGGUGACUGAUGAGGGAUUGAACUCUCUUGUAAUUCUACACAUACACUAGCAUAAGGACAUUGAUGUUUAAUAGUUUGCCCAUUUGAAGGGUAGAAGUCUUUUCUUUGCUUGUAACCUCUUUGAUAGCGUCACUAAGUUUUAUAAUAUCUUUUUUUCCACAAACAUUGUACCUAAUGCUGAUAACAUGAGUGACAGGUAAUUUAAUGAAAAUGUUUCGUGGAAAAAAUAAGAAAUGGCAUUUCCAAGACCCUAAAUUUAAAAGAUUUCUACCGGAACAUGUCUCCGCACCCUCCGUACUCUAACUACUCUUCCUGCAUGUGUGACCUUCAAAAGCUCACACCACGUACAUGCACCCCUGACAAUCAUGCAUCACCUUCUACCUCCGAUUGUAUUUUCCUUCAUAAUAUUUUUAAUAUGAAGCGAAACUAAGUGUAUCAAGUAUUUGAUGGUGGUUUAACAGAGGUGACAUAAAAAACACCUCUUGUCAGGAUCUGGCCAAAAGGUGAUCGUGGCCACUUGAUGAGGUGGCUGCUUAGUAGAGUUGAGAAGUCAUUAUGUCACAUUGCCAUGGUAACAAAAUUUCUGGAUCACAACAAACCGAAAGCAUCACUCAAUAAGAAAUGUACAAAAAACGUGCUGCACGUGUGAAGAUGUUGUUUUGCUAACAUAAACUUAUUGCUUUUUUGCUGUUCUCUUUGCCAUGCAUUGCGGCCAUCAUUGCUUAAGGUCGCCAUUGUUGUGAUCCAGAAAUUUUGCUACCAUGGUAAUGGGAUGUCACACUUCUCUCUAUAGACGUGUCAUUUCCAAUUUGUUGCAUGCUGACAAGUUCUUUUAAUUCAAUUUUUAAUUUUUUUUUUCCAGAAAGUUAUCCAUUUGCCCUAUGUUGUGUCCCAGUCUGAUAUUGUCUUGGCCUUCUUCAGUCGAUGGGGAACAGACCAUGCUGGCAUGUUAAGGAAUGACAUUGAAAGAAAGUAAGACUUUUUUUACAGCAGUUUUUCAUCCAUGAAGUGUUUUUUUAACUUGCCCAUACCUCUCUUAACCAUUAAAAUUGUAAAAUAAGCACUCAUGCAUGCAGUUCUAGAUGUCAACGAGCAUGUCAACAAUGAAGGGGGCCAGAUACCUUUGUUAUAUGCUUUUGUGGACUUGACGGUGCACAAUGUUCAAUAUCUUUCCCACCAGUGAGCUUCCAACAUAAACUGCAGCACCACAGUUAAUAUAUCUUUGUUUUUUUCCACCUUUCAUAAUCAAUAGGCCGUUUGAGAGUUGUUCCAAGCCUUUGUUUCAAAGCGAAGCUAAGUGCAAAAGCUAUUGAUUUAAAAAGGUUCUUUUAAUCCCCUGCAAACGUGGGGGUUGUUACUCCCUCUAAUGGCCUAUACAGGGAGGCUCCACCCAAAAGUGGUCCCUUUUUCAAGCUUCAGGUAUCAGAAAGGGUAGGGAUUUCACUCGUUGAAGUAUAUGAAAGGGUAGGAAAAACUGUCUUUUUGGUCUGUAAAGAGGCCCAACGGGAUUAACAAAUGCAAUCUGUGACUGUGAAAAAAUCGAGAUAAUAUUCUGGUUUGGGGAUUUAUUUAUAUUUUUAAGACAAUACAUCAACAGCAUUUAAAAAGGAUGCAAAGGUCUGAAGUAGGUAUGUGAAAAGGGUACUAUUUGUCAAUAGAAGGUAUACAGAAGGGUUACCUUCUCUGUCAAAAAUGGCAUAUAAAGGGUCUAAUUAUUGGUUGGACCUCUGGGCAGAGCCUCUCCAUAUAAAACGUUGUUGAGAAUGCCCCCGGUGGGUGGCGGGGGCUGCAAAUAAAACUUAUUUGUACAAGAAUGUUUUUUCAUUUAGCCUCGUUUUGAGAAUGAGAGUUUUUUGGAACUCGGAAAUGGCCUAUUGGAAAGUAGUGGAUCACGCCUGCUUCUGUUAGAAUACAGAUGAAUUUUUAGGUACCGUUUAUAAAACAAGAAAUGUUAGCUAAGUUAAUUCUUGUGUUUGUAUUUUUUAGCAAGCCACAAACUUCUCCCACAAGAAAUGAUGAACAAGUUGUGGAGAAAUAUUAUUCAGUGGCAGAAUUUAGUGGCAGCGGCAGGGGAGAAAUGAGCUUAAAAGAAAACGAGGUGGUGACAGUCAUUGAAAAAAAUAGCACAGGUGUGAAACAUGCUGGACUUAAUUAUUUUGUAGAAGGAAUAAAUCUGUUGGAGCAUAAAAUUUAUUGUCCUUCUAGCAGUAAUGACUACUGUGCGAUGCAAUGAAUCAGCUUUAGGGGAACAUUUAAUUCCAAGCUUUAGAAUACAACAACUUUUUUUUCAAUUUUUUCCAACCCACUUGUUUGUCAUUAUUUUGUGAGGGCUCAAUCCGUCAUCAACCCACGUAAAGAUGAUUUCACACGAGACGAUUUUCAACGACGAUUUUUGGUGCAACACUGGGUUCAAAUGUUGGAACAAUGUUGCAGCCUUUCGAAACGAUGUCGCAACAAUGUUGUCACGCUCUGUUGCGCUAAAAAUCGUCGUUGCAAACCGUCCCGUGUAACAUAACCUUGAGGAUCGUUUAGGCGGGUAAUCCAAGACAGUCUCGGAUUCCGGAUGCCGUUGUCAGUGGAACUAGGAUCCCGGAUUCGAAUGGUUAGCAGAAUUGUGGAAUCUUUGAGGUGGAUACCUGAUUCCCCAUCCCACGAUUCCGAUUCCACAAGAAAAAUUUCCCGGAUUCGGAGUCCAGAUUACCCCACCUUGGGCGGCGGUGGAGAGUCCUGACGUAACUUGACAGCACCGGCAGCUUAGAUAGCCUGAUGCACGUGGGAUUCAGUGCAAACCUGUCGUAACGUGGUUGACAACUCCAUCCUCACCGGACCGCUGUCACCUACUAAAAUAUUCUUGGACAUUAAUUAAUAUUUCAAACCCCUCCACCUGCCAAAUAUUAUGAAAACCGUAAAAUAUAACACCUAACUCGAUAAAGGUUGCUUUGACAAUUGGUCAUUGGUGAUCGGGUAUUUGGGCAUACAUGUACAGAACAAUGCAAUGAUUUGCUUGAGUGACCGCCACUGUUUGUGCAAUUAACAAUAAUGCCCGAAGUAACCUUAAUUGAAUCAGCUGAAUGUCUUUUCAGUUGUUUCUUCCCUCAUCUGUGAAAGCUAUUUGUUUUGGAAAUCCUUAUUUUUAGGCCCCGUUCACUCAUAUCCGGAUAUUUUUAUUUCAAUCCGCAACUUUUUCUUUCCAGAUUAAAAAUUUCCACGUCCACGCGUAUCCGUAUUAAAAUCGAAUUUUCCCGGCUCCUCUGGGAGAAGAGCGUGCAUCGCAAAGCGCGCGAAAUUUACAUCUUGCUCUGCUUUGAGAGAACCUGGAAAGGAGGUUGCCAUCUUGAAUAAAGUAUUCAUGGUAAAGAACUGGGCUCAAUCUUGUUACGUCAACGGAUAAAGAAAAAACCGGAUUUAGCGUCCAUCUGAUUCCGGAUUCAUAGCGUAUUCAAAAAUGUCCACCCUGGAACGCGGAUUCAAAAAGUUGCGGAUUCGCAUACCGGAUUCACCGGAUACGCGUGGACGGAAGCCCAAUCCGGAAAGAAAAAGUUGCGGAUUCAAAAAUAUCCUGAUACGUGUGGACAGAGCUUUAAUCUCUGAUCGCCCUCUGAUUUAGGAUGGUGGCUUGUGGCAAAUUCCAGGGGUGAUCAUGGCUUUGCUCCAGCAACCUUUCUUGAACCAAUGGAUACUCAUCACCGUUUGGAAGAGGAGGAAUGGAGAGAAGUUGAAGAGGAUGACCGUAAGCAGUAAAGUGCUUUUAGAUGUCGAUAACGCAUCUUGAUUUUUUUCUUUUUCUUGCUCAGAGACCUUUCUUAUGCAUGGCUUUUUUACAAAGUAUUAUCAAGAGUAUAUCCUUACCACCUUAAAUGAUUUCUUUGCUUGACUAUACAGCGAGAGGUCGCGUAUUCGAUUUCGGGGACGGGACCAAUACUCAGGGUCUAAAAUUAUCCGAGAAAUUAAGGUACUGCGUUGCCCUGCAAACGACUAGAUCUUUGCGUGGCUCGGAUGAACACGUAAAAUGUGCUAAAUACAUGGACACUCAAAUAAAGUGCAUUUGGUGACGCACAAAUGAACGACACAGGGAAUGAACAAAAGGGCCGUAGCAGGGGCGGAUCCAGGAUUUUUUUUUAGCAGGGGGUGCACUCGUCUCUUGCUCUACUUCAAGGCCAAUAAACCACAUAGUUUUUUUCUUUUUCCAGAAUACCAGUUGUAUUAGAAAACAGCAGGUCAUCUGAGGGAGAGGGGGGUGCGCACCCCCUGCACCCUCCCCCUAGAUCCGCCCCUGCGUAGGACAAACUUUCACGUGACUCUGGUAUCCAGUCUUCCCCUCUUUACUGCUCAUCGAAAAUUUAACAGCCCUGUAUAAUUUUUUUUCUUUCUGUUAUCAGGAUACUGGGUAGCUCUUGAGUCAUACAAUGCAAGGAGUGAAGAUGAGUUGUCAUACAGAGCUGGCGAAGAAGUGGAAGUUCUCGCCACUAGUAACUUUGGCUGGUGGAAAAUAAGGUAUCAUUUCGGCGAAGCCUUCACUCUCUUUUAUCAUAUGUAUACUCCAGAUAUACUCAAUGAAAAGCUGUGUCGUAAAUUUUCAUAUGUAAAUGAGUUCUAGCCAAUCAGAGGAGCGAACGAUAUUUUUCACACGUGAGAAAAGUGACACAUCCAGUUGAAUCGCGAACGGUAUGAUACGUCCAGGCAAAAACCACAAAAAUUUGAGAGUUUCGCGUCAAGAAGGACAUGAAGGACAGUUUUCAAAUGCUCCUGGCAGGACUGCAUAUUCCGAAGAGUAUCAUUUUGAAAACAAUAACUUACGCAAAAUUCGGGAGGGGGGGGGAAAACAGAGAGUAUUGUGAGGGAUUCGAAAAUAGGCAAUAGGAGUUCAGUGCGGUAUCACCGUUAAAAUUUUUAUUGAUAAUCAGAUUGAGAGGAGAAGUUGGUCUCACACCGGGAUCUAACCUGACUCCGAAGGCAAGGCUGGACGAUUUUACUGAUUCGUUAAUGACAGAAGAACAAAGACAAAGGGUGAGUGGCAUGCAUACGGAUAUUGUAGUAAUCAAUAUUGUUGAGAACAGUUCCCCUAACAUUAACAGCAUCGAAGGAAAGAGCAUUUGGAACUCCUCCACAACCAGGGAGCUGUACAUCAAAAUAACACAACGGCACCACAGAACAAAAAGAGAAAACGAAUUAAAGCACUUUUUGGUUCGGUGAAAACAAAAAAGUGACCUGAUCCGGUCAAUUGUUUAGUGUUUGACAUUCAAAAGUUAACGUUUCGAAAGCCUCGUCUGAUUCCAAAACGUCGCGGAGAGCAAGGUAGCCAUCUCAGACAGUCUGAAAUUCAGACUACGUUACGUUACAUUAGGAGUUAUUUAAGAACGCAUAUACCUAGUAAAACCAUAUAUCGGUCUGGCAAGGUUUUCUCGUCCCUGUUCUUGAACGUAAGGCGGAUAGCCAGUCCUUAAGACUCACAAAGCUGCUGCCAUUUAAGCAACAACGUUAGGUAAAGAAAAAAAUCUUGUAGUUUUCUUCGCGUGUCAAAAAAAUCGGCUUGGACAAAACCGAUAUCAAUAUCGCUGAUAACGUGGCGUAAAGGAAGCAGAACAAGUCCCUGCUAUCAAAAGGCGAAGUUGUUUUCACUCAGCAUAAUUACCGCAAAUUUCAUGAUCGUUUCAUACUUGGCAUGCAGUUAUUUAUUUUUCAUUUCUCAGCCUCUGUAUGUUCUCAGGCUCAUAUCUACAACUCGUAGAACUGGCUAUGUUUAAUUUUACUCGUUCUUUCAGUACUCGCCUAUUUUUUGUCCAAGCCGAAUAAAAAAUUCUAGAACUACAAGGUGAUUUCAGCUUGUUGUUGCACAGGUUGACAGCUACUCUUCGAAUAAUUUCCGACGCUUUCUGCAUUCCACAUUGGAACAGGAAAACUGGCUACAGCUUCUACUUCAAGAGCAGGGGCCGGUUCAGCUUGCUGAGCCGGUUUUACCAACCGACCGGUUACAAAACCGGUGGCAGGCUGACCGACUAGAUCUAUCAAUGGUAAGCACUCGACUAGAUUCGGUAGUCAGAUCAUUUUGGAGCUGUUAUCUAGUUCCGCUAAACCUAAAAAGUAAAAUCUGAAGUCAGGUACAGUAUGCAAAAAGGAAAUACUAAUUAAGUUUGAUGUAUAAGUAAUUCCGAUUCCGGGUAGGCAGGCCAUUAGAAGUCUCAUUUUUUUAGAGAGAGAGAGAGCAGAGCGAACGCUACAUGAAAGAAAAUGCAUAAAUCGCGCGCCAAGUCUUUUUCCUAGAGGCAGUUUUUCUCACGCGGCAAGUGUGGCUCGUUCGCUCUACUUUCCUUACCGGCUUCGUCCCUGACAAAGAGGAUAGUUUGGCUGAUUUGGUGUAAAAGACCCAGAUCAGUCGUAGUUGGCUCAUUGGUUUUGUGCACGAUUUUAGGUUUCUACCCAACUGACUCUUUCUAAUAGCAUCUCAUGACUUUUCUCUUUUAAGGGUUCUUCGUAUUCCAGUAUCAGCCAUGGAAUAUACGCAAGUAUUCGGUCUCCUCCUCCAAGAAGGUUCGGAAUUAACUAUACUUAUUUUAUUGUUUUUGUCGGUGACUACCGCUUCUGAUGGUAACUUCACAGAGCAGAAACUCAACCCAGGGACUAAAGACGACAUCAUGGAAUGUCGUUCCUAGGCUAACAUAACUUGCAAAUAAACUCUCCACUUUAGAAUCACAAGAGAGGGAGAGAGACGACAAGAAAAAUAAUCAAAAGCAAUCUUUCUUGAUACGUACACAAAAGAGACAGUCAGGUGUUCGCCAUAUAGAGGCGUCUUUGUUUAUCUUUGCUAAUGAUAGUUGUAGUUCUUCUCAACGUUUCGUACCCAUCGCGUAAAACCGAAAAAGCUAUAACAAAAAGUUCGUCAUAGUUUAAUGUGCCUUUUUUUUAUUAAGGGAGCCACUUUGAUAAAUCACCCAAGUGAAAACAAUUUGGGGGAAGGGGCCUUUAAGGAUGGAUUUAGAAAACUAUGGGUACCUGUACUGAACAAAAGCCUGCCGACAAUCCUGUGAAAUCACUGUUCUCCUUUUAUUUAAUGCAUCACUGUCAGAACUGCUACACCACAAGGAGGGGGGCGUAAGGGUUUGCGGUAUUGCGGUAUUGGGUCAUUUUUGGUGCGGUGUUGCGGUAAUUUUUAUUUCAAAGUACGGUAUUGCGGUUUUCAGAGUCCAAGCGGUUUGCGGUAAAUUUAAAUUUUACGCCGCGGUAGUCGGUGAAAAAAUCGUUGUGUUGCGGUGAUCUGCUUCUUUUUCAUGACAAGAGGAUACAAAUCCUAAAAGGUCUCCCUGGCUAGCCUGCGUGACCUGUGUGCACAUCCGGGGAUUGUAUUGCGCAAACAGUGCAGACAAAUCGUAUGGCUUCUAAUUUCAGUUAAUACUUGAUAUGAUUAACGACAUUAACUUUUUCAUCCAAUGACACGUAAACGAGGGUCUCAAUGGGGUGGUGGCUUUUACGGUUAUCGGCUAAAAUUUUGGCUCUUUUACGGCUAUCGGUUAAUUUUUUUCAGUUACGGUUAACGAAAAAGUUAAAAAUUAACUUCUUUUGUUUCAAAGAGUUAAAUAUUAAUCAACCUGUAUUUUUUUGAAUAAGGGUCUUCGGAUCAUCUCGGGAUGAAAUAAGCUAUUCUUUUAUAAAUUAUUUCACUUCUAAUAUUAUUUUACACAUAGUAAUGUCAAUAGCCAAUUGAAAAAUUAUCUUCGUGAAAAAGCAAAAGCAGACACACGAACGCCAAAUCAAAGCCGGGGCGCGACAUUCAUUAAAACAGAAAUGGCCGUUUUCACACUAGAGAAGGAUUAUUCGUGUGAGACGGGUUAUCCGUUUGAUGAUUCGCGUCAGAUAGGUAAUAUGUCUUAAUUUGAAAAUGGAAUAGUUUUAAUUUGGAAUGAACAAUCUGCCUGACUUUUGAAGACGGGAUUAUCCGUUCCAGAUAGCCUGUGUACAGCCGCCCCCUCCCCUCAGAAAAAAUCGGAGAAGGGGUGUCUGUGGAGAGGACGCGACUAGACACAGGCUAGUCUCAGACGGAUGAUCCAUUUCUAGCUAUAGUGUCAAAAAGGCCAAUAACAAAAUUCCCGUGUCCAGUGUUUUUAAUGAUAGCGAAGGACUACGGAACGAUUGUCUGCCGUUGCCUUGUCCGUAGGCUGCAUUAUUCCGCACGGCUAAUGCGUUUCGGGUCACGUGGUCCGAGCGAGUUCACCACCGAAAUGCCUUGACCGAAACUGCGUGGGUAGACGCCGUACAGGGACUAGGCAUGGCAAUGUCUACCGUAGCGUCAGAGAAAAACAGGGAAAUGUUGCUUAUCGGCAACGAGUUUUACAAACAGUGACAUCUCUGCGUGUUGUUUCACUAGUGUUUCGAGGGCACGACCUCCGGAAAAUUGCAAAUAUUAAUCCCCAGCAAGAAGCCACACUUUCUCUAGUUAGUUCCCAGAGAGAGCGCCGGAAAUGGAGCCUAGGUCUAGGUUAACUCCUAAAAGGCGCUUCGCCUAACGUGCGUAUGGAGUCACACUAGCCGGGAAAUAAAAAACGCAACCAUAAGUGAGUUUAGUACCUUCCUUAAAAGUAGCAAAUCUAGGGAACACUUUCUUUUACGGUUAACUCUUUUUUACCCUAAUUACGGCUAACGGUUAAAAUUUUUCAAUUUUUACGGCUAUCGGCUAAAUUUUUGGCCGUUUUACGCCUAUCGGUUAACCCCAUUGAGACCCUCGUAAACAUGUCGCAUUCUUUAUGACUUCACGGACCUUGUGGGAAUAGUCAGCUUGGUUAACCUCCUUUAUACCAAUCUUACCACCACUUUCGUGCCAGUCGCCAAACAACAGAGAGCGAUCCAGAGGGUCAACUAAGUGAUCAGUCAGAUAUUCCAGCAAAUAGUGAGGUCAGUGCGAUCGUUAUAAAUUGCGUAGUGUCGAAAGAUAAUCUAUAAAGACGGUGUGGUCUAAAAAUUACUGCUUGUCCUUCUCGUUGUGCAUGCAGGAAUAUAGAAUGUACUAGUAUUCGUGUGUGCUUACCCUACGUAGCAUAGCAGCCCGGGGGGUUGGUGGUGGGGGUACUUCCUGAUAAGAGGCUAAUGAGGAUGUGGCGCUGGAUGGGGUCGCAUUUUCACGACUGGAGUUACUAUAAUGGGGUCGCAUUUUCAGAGAGUUUUUUUAGAAUGGGGUCGCACAUUUUCUGCUUUUUUGGGGGUAAGACAGUUCUUCAUAUAUUUACGGUUAGCAAAGGCACCAGAAUGUUUGUAUUGUAGAUGAAAAGUAAAGUGUUCUUCAUUCAAUCUAAAACAAGGUCAAUUCAUAAAAAUAGAAAGUGACGAAGUUGGGAUCGCGAAAAUUAAAUAUUUGUUCAAAUGACUAAGAUGGGGUCUAUAAUUGGCCACAGAAUAGACUGUAAUGGGGUAGGGGCUCUGAGAGGCCAGCGGCACAUGCCAACCAAAUAUUAACCCAAGUGCCCCCUCCCCCCCGCCCCCACCCCGGGCAUGGCAGUUUUACAUGGUUUUGUCGGCAGCACCACUGUGAGCAGCGAAGCAGCUCCCGCCCCAAUCUCCUCGCCCGCGCCCGCCUUAUUUCGACUUAUUGUUUAGCGCGCCUAACCAAAACCGCUAUGCUACGCAGGCUAGUGUGUACUUCUGUACUGUGUGCCCUUCGAAUCCAAAAGGCAGCCCGGGUCGUCGUUUUGAAACCCUCAACACAGAACCGAGUUAAUUGUGAAUCUGAAACAACCUCAUAAGAGUCAACUGUUUUCCGUCCGUUUAUGAUCCAGGUCAGUAAUAUAUGAAGUAAGUUAUAAAGUGAUACUAGACAACUCCUGUUGUAUCAUUUACGUAAACGUAUACAUGUAAUAAACAAAGCUAAACGAGUGCGAUGAUCUUAUGUUUAUCGUACGCUUGACAUCGACGCACCUUGAUUUGGAAACAGUGACAUAAAAGUAUUAUUUCUAUUUGAAAGGAGGAUUUGUAGUAUUGACAACAUCAACUUUUUCCCAUUUGUAACUGCGGUUUCGGUAUUUGGCUAAAUUUUGAUGCGGUAUUGCGGUAUUCUCGCCCUACCACGUGCGGUAUUGCGGUAUUCGUACCCCCCUUACGCCCCCCUCCACAAGGGAAAACCCCGAAAGAAAUCGUAAACAGGUCAAGUUUGUGGUGCCUCAAGGUUUUCUCAAUAUUUGUUAAUGAUCUUGCUGAAUCAAUAUCUAAUGGAAAGUUGUAUCUGUUUGCUGACGAUACAGCAACGAUCUACACUCUUGGCUAGAACAUUGAUGAUAUCCGAGAUUCAUACACUGCAAUCUACAUUCGACUCCCGAUAAUUCGAACCUUCAAGGGAAAUCGAAAAAGGUUCGAGUUAUCGGGAGUUCUAGUUAUCGGGAGCUUAUAAAUCAGAACGUAACAUAACAAAACCUUGCUUAAAUAGAGCAUCCGUUUUACUGUUUUGUGAAGUAAAGCUGUUUCGCGUUAGAUUUGUGACAAACAACACCAGCCUCCAAUAGUAAACUAUAUGCGUACAACACGUCAAUGGGAAAUACAAAAUUCAAUGUUUCGGACGCCAGUAGACUGUUUUUUUCCCGACUUUUAAGGCCUCAAAAGAUGGUUCGAGUUAUCGAGGGUAAAAUUAUAUAGAAAUGAUCUGAGGGGAAACAAAAACUACGUCGAGUUAGCGGGAGGUUCGAGUUGGCGAAGGUUCGAGUUACCGAGGGUAAAAUUACAGUAAAUGUAUGACGGAGAUCCAGGGGAAAUCGAUUUUGGUUCGAGUCAGCGCGAGGUUCGAGUUCGCGAGGGUUCGAGUUAUUGGACCGGAGGUCGGUCGGACUGGCGGAGAAGGGUUGAGGUAAUGUUUCAGGUCGUUAUGUGAAUUAGUUUUCUUACGUGAGAUCACGUAUCUCUAAAUAUUUAAACGUUAUUUUCAGAGACUCAAGUAAAACAAAGAAGGAUUUAACCGAACCUGUCGAUGACAGAAGGCAACGAGUUAUGCGUUCACAGUCCACCCCUUGUGAGUUUAACCCAUCUUGUUAUCAAUUUAUUUUGUUCUUAAUUCAUGAAGGGGGGGCAGUCUGGGUGUUUUUUGGGGAGGGAAAUGAUGUUGAUUUAAGAAGGAAAUAAAUUAAGGUAGAAAAGGUAUACACAUAUACCAGACAGUUAGUCCACUAAUGGGAUCAGAGGCACUUUGUUGUGGUCGUUUGUCUGCUAAUUAUUCACUUCAUAUUUUAAUUUUUAACAACCCCCAAUUUUCCAAACUUUUAAACACCUCCCGUACUUUUUAUUCAUUAAGAACACUCGAAAAAGCAUCCAAAAAUGCUCCAACCGAGGGCUCCAACUUAGUUGAGUCAUUUUUUGAUUGAAUGAAAUAUUGGGUAGAUAUUUAAUAUAAAGGGCGGAAACAAACGAAAAACAGAUCUUUCAACCAGACUGCCCCCUUAAGCUACAGUAACCGUACAUGAUAAAAAUCACCUUCCGAACCAUUUUGUACGAAAAAGUGUGUUGCACGAGCAGAGUCCCCUAAGGGAGUUUUAGGCACAUUCCACGCGUAUCCAGGGUUUUUGAAAACGGAGAGUUUUUUCCCUCCGUUUUAGCCUUUACAUAUGAACGGCCUUUUCGAACACCAAAAAACGCAGGUUUUCUAAAACGGUCCUCUGAGUGGAGGUUUUUGAAAACGCCAGACUGUCGUUUACGUGUGGACGGACGAAAACCGAGAUUUUCGAAUACGAUGAUGUCAUACAUCAUCAUUCAUACAUCAUAUAUUACUAGCAUUACGCAUGCACUGUAAGGGAUGCUAUCGUAUUUCCUUCGUAUUUCCAUCGUUUUAGCUUUUAGCGUUUUCAUGUGGACGGGCGAAAACGAUUCAAAUACCCUACGUGUAGACGUUUUCAAAAAUAUCCUGAUACAUGUGGACAGAGCCUUGGGGGGCUAUGUUUAAGUGGCCCUUUGUCAGAACAUUUGAGAAACGAUGCCAAGGAAUGAUCCGCCUCUCUUCUCCCCCCCCCCCCCGCCCCACCCUUCCCCUCCCCUUCCCUCCCACCCUCACGAAAAAAGUGUUCUUAAUGAUCAGUCUAUUCUUUGAUCCUUGCAAACAGAUGCUUUGGAAUAUGCGACCGUGGAGGUACUACCUAGUCAGCCAAUAGCGAACAGAAAUCAUCAGUUUAACUUUCAAGAUGUCAAGUAAGGAAUGAAUAAGUAAUCUGCCUAGCAAUUAUCGCGGAGUAGUAAGUUCGUUCAAAUGUUUAUCUUUGGAACUGCGGUUGCAGACUAUCAUUAGGGAGCUUAAGCAACGACGACGGCGACGUCAACGAGAACGGCAAAAAAGCAGUAGGUUUUGAUACGAAAAACAACAACUUUGCACGUGCAUCAUGCUUUUUUGUACAUUUUUUUGCCGUCACUGCACUACUACGACGUGAAAAUGCCUAAUUUCACAUUUUAUGGAGAGCGUGAACACAAGAGAACGGUUUUGGUUUCCUUUUCUUGAACGUCGAUACAGUCUUUUAGAAUUCAACUCCAGCAAAAAAGUUGGCAUCAUUUGACGAAUUGAACGAGAUGGAAUUUGCGCGGUAAAGUUUGAAGCAGCGUGAAUUCACCUUUUUAAGUGUCGCUUAGUGCCCGUAGCCGUCGUUGUUGCUUAAGCUCCGUAAUGUCAAUAAAGUGGUGAAGUUGGUGCUAUUCUGUGAACAAUGGGACGAGUUUAACCAAGGACAUAGGUUUGACAGAGCCACUCAGUGUGAAUAUAAUCCGAGUGAAACAUAAGAACUUUUCUAGCUUUCAACAAUGAACUCAACUAUUUUUAUUCCCCUAACGAACUGAACACAGUACAUAUAUUUGAAAUUUAACAUAGUUCUUGCAGGCGUAAGGAACAGUGUCUGGGUAUUAAUCGAGUCUAUUACUCUGUGUGAUGAUUGCUCUUUUAGUAGAACAUGUAUUUAAUAACGAUACUGAGAUUUCCCACAGUUGCUUUCCAAUGUACAGUUUGCUAACGUGAAUUCGCACUGUUCGACCGCCUGUCGAUUACUUGUCUUAGUUCUACAAACCAACAUUAUGUCCAGCUGAUUUUUGUUUUUGUUUCAACUGUAAUUUAUCUGAAUUAACCCUAUAAUUUUAUUUCCAAGUUUCGGGUGUUUUGAGCACCACCUUCCCUCCCAGCACCUCAACUUUAUUUUUUUUUUCAGAUCGCCUCUUUUCUCGUGCCACUCUUGUCAUUAAUGCCCAGAACAGAGUUAUACAGUUUUUUUCCUCAUAAAGUUUUGUUAUUUUAUGCGUUCAGCCGCAAGUGCUAAUUGAGGAGGCGUAGAAUGUUGAAAACGCUUGAAACUUGAGUACAACUUAGGGCCUGUUUACAAGGAGGUGGGAGACCCCAGGUACUGUAGGUCGGGUUACAUGUGGCGGGGUCACCCGCACCUACUCGCGCAUGUAAACGUGAUCAAAUCAAAAUGAGAGAUUAUAUGGACAGGCGGGUUCCCCCACCUUAGGGGGUUGCCUCACCUACCUGGGGUCCCCCACCUCCAUGUAAACAGGUCCUAAAAGACUUUCCAAUGUAACUAUGCAACUUCUUUUUCAGUAACAGCGGCCCUGAGUAUGCGUCAGUUAUUCCAAAGCACUUGAGGUGAGUUAAUUGUUCUACUACUAAACAUUCGUGAAACUGAAAGAUACGACGGCCACUAAAAGAUCGUCCAAAAGUCCGUAGGUUCCUCGUAGAAGAUAAUGGGACGAAUAAGGAGGCGCACAGUUGAUAUACUUUCUAUUCCAGUUGCGUUAUAUGCUUCCUGGAAGUCUGCACAAUAUAAUUAAUUAGGUGAAGACUUACGGUCAUGGAAUUAAUUGUAGAGAAAGUACUGGACAUGCCAGGCGUGAAUCUCGUUUAUCAUUGAAAAUAAGUACGCAUCUAAUUUUUGAAAGAAAAUUCUUGGCAGAGCUUGGUAGUCGUUUGCGAGAAUUUCCAACUUUUUGUAUUUUGAUAACAAGUGUUCAUUGUAUUAUCCAGUGGAUAACGUUGAAUAAACAUGGUCCAAAAAACUAGACACAACCACUGGUUUUCUAGACUUUCAAAAAAGUCCCUCGCCCGAUUUCGCGACUUCGUCGCUCGCCGCCUCGCGCCCUAAAAACCUCGCUCCGCUCGCUAAGAAACUCGUGAGGUCGACUUCUAGCAAGUCUACUAUUUUACCCCGCGAUUUGAGUGGUAGCGUCGUGAAAUGCCGGUGUUUUCUCAGGCUACCCGAAAACCAAACAGCAUUUACUGAAUAGAGGUUUCAUAAGUUGACAGAAUCAAACAUUUCUACCUUGCAACCUUUCUUCUCUUCAGAGCAAGACAAAGAGGUCGCAGCUUGAGUGAAGAAGUACCGGACACUAGACCGGUAUGUACACUGUUAUAAAAAUAAUUUUUCACUCCGAAAAAUUAGCGGAAACUUAAAGGCCCCCUUUAUAUGGAGAAACGUUGUCCAUGGUAGAAGGGUCAUCCGCCUAGCUACCCGAGCUACCCUGGGCGAGCCAACUUUUCCUUCAUUUCCUCACAAAACUUGGCGAAAAGUUGACCCGCCUAGCCAGUUCACCCUUUUUAUCAUGGUAGGGUCACCCUCCUAGUCAGUCCAACCUUUCUCCAUAUUAACAAUUUUGUUUGUCCAUCCGGGUCAACUCGUUGUAGGUGAGACAAUCAGAGCAUGCGCGACCGCUGUUUUAGACAAUCAGAUCACGUGCAGAGCAUGCACGAACGCUGUUGGCUCGGACAACUUUUUUCUGAUAUAAAUGAUAGAUCGCUAAAGUUGACUUGUUUGGGAGGAUGUUUUCUCCUUGUAUACACGUUGUAAGGUACCGAUAAAAGAUGUUACUAAAAUUUGCCGAGGCUUUUCAUUUAAGCGAUCAUGCGUCUUCAAUUCGUCCAGAAAGUCAAACGUUUGUAUAACGGCUAGGAGGAAGACCAUCGACCCAAGUUCUUGAUAAUACGGACAGGGUGCAGCGAAUAAUACAGUAAUAAUAAUAAUAAUAACUAGGGGUACCUUCCGGCAAGUGCCAACGACGCGAAUUCGUUUAUCUUUUGUGGAAUGUGCCUAUUCAGAUCUUCGCGACAUUUUUUUCAUAAUUUUAGAGGUUUAAAAUGGAUUCCGCAAAAGAAAAGGAUGGCACUCAAGUUCAAAACAACAACUUUGACACAUUUAAGGCUUUCACUUUUAUUAAACAAUCACAACAUGGCUUGAAGCUUUGUUGGUAAAUAUGAGCAACUUAGCACUUGUGUUUCUUGGAAAAUUCCAUUGUAGCAGAACUGCAAACGUUAGAAAGAAAAAUAUAGUUUAAAUGAUGUCUUUGACUGCUGAAAUUAAAAAUAAUAAUUAAAUUCCGAGCAACAGCGUCAUCAGGGAUAAAAAUAUUGCGCGUGGUAAUAUACAGUCACCAGAAAAAAUUGGUGUAAAGUAUAAUGUGUGAAAAGCGCAAGAAUGGGGCGGAAUGUAUCAGAGGUAUAAAAAUAUAAACUUGAAUAAAACACAAAGAUCUAAUGAGCGAGUGUCACAGGACAAAGAGUCUCUUGAAAGGUAUAAUGAUAGUCUUCUCAACAAAAGGUUCGUAAAUUCGUUGCAUUCCCCACGGGAGUUUUGGGCUGUCUCAAUGUAAAUCGAGCAGCAAAAAAACAUGCUGGUUGACAAAAUCUCUCGAAAGACAUAAAUAAAUUCUAAAAAAAGGUCCGCAAAUACGUUGUAUUCCUCACGGCGGGAGGUGAGGACUGGCUCACUGUAAAUUGACUUGGGAAGAACACGCUGGUUCUGAUAAAUGUUUUGAGAAUAUAACCCUAUGCCUUGAUCACCUACCGCUUAAAACUCAAUUCACAAAGGAAAAGAGAACACUGAAAACUCUGGUUCUGAGUCGAGAAGCGAACACGCUACCUCAGUGUAAAUCGAGCUGCGAAAAACAAGCUGGUUCUGACAAAAAUUUGAGCGUAAAACCCUAUUGCUUGAUCAGCUGCUCCUUUAAACGCAAUUUAUAAAGCAAACCAGGGCACUAAUUGCCCUUUCAAACUAGAAAUCGUAUUAAAGCUUGCUCACCUGGUAGGUCCUCUUGAACAGAUAACGAACAGCUACACACUGAAUCACCCAAUUUCGGACCAUGAGUUGUAAAUACAAGACCAUGACGUCACCACCCAAAUAUGGAGUCUUACACCCAAAUAUGGUCAAAAAUGCAAAUUUUAGAGGGUUACGCAAAAUGAGAGUUUUUGCCUACAUUGCGCGGCGUUAUAAUUCUGCCGCCGAUAAUAAUAAUAAUAAUAAUAAUAAUAAUAAUAAUAAUAAAACAAAACUUUAUUCAUAGAUUUAAAAAAAAUAGACUAUUUACAGAUUCAAGAAUAUGAAAUAUUAAAAUAUAUACCCUAUGUACAUUCUUCUUGUCUACGAAAGAGAAUUGUUGUAAAAUGACUAUCUAAAGACUACUAAUAACAAUUAUAAAAAGCAUCAAAAAGUUGAUAAAAAAAUAAAAUAAAAUAAUAAUAAUAAUAAUAAUAAUAAUAAUAAUAAUAAUAAUAAUAAACAUUAUCACAGUAAAGUACCGCUAAAUAGCUUUUAAAAGUUAGAACUUUCUCCUUAAUUGACUAAGGAGAGAUAUUGUUUGUUUUGUAGAUGCGCAGUGGUUCUCCAGAGCUCCCACCCCCACCCCCCUCUGUACUAGUAAACUCUUAUGUGGAUCCUGACGAUCCAGGUUACACAAGGGUAAUAGAACGCAGGCAGCAAAGCACAGCGGUCUCUCCAAGGGCUCAACUACUUACCUCCCCAGAUGGAGAGAUGGUAAAGCUCGGUAGCCGUAAAUACCAGAACGUGCUUAGGCCAGAAACUCACAUUGUAAGUAUGCACUCCCUUUUACUUUCCCAGAGAAGUAUUCAUUCUAGUAAAUUUUAUGUUCAUUCGAAAAUAAACAUGUAAAAAUUCUUCGUUGAGAUUACAUGGGGAGCUUGUGGACUUAUGAGUAGAAUUGGUUAAAAGAUCGCGAUAUUUCAUCUUUGGCCAUCGUUUUUCUCCAAAAACGUCGCUUAAAAAGUGAAUUUGCGUUUUUUCACCCUCUUAUUCCAACUCGCUUGCUUUGUCAAAUGCAAGCGAACUCUUCUGGAGUUGAAUUCCUGAGAACUAUAUCCAUGUUCAGAAAGGGAAAAAAAACUUUGCCGUCCCUUGUUCACGUCCUCCAUAAAACGUGAAAUUACGCAUUUUCACGUCGUAGUCGUGCAGUGACGGCAGAGAAAUGUACAAAAAAGUGUGCUGCACGUGCAGAGUUGUUGUUUUGCCCAUUCAACCCAUUGCUUUUUUGACGUUCUCGUUGCUAUCCUAGUGUUAAGAGGGCUAAUUAACAAUCAUUUCUCGAGCCCGAAUGGGCUGUGGGUCAAUCUUCGUCGUUGCUAAAGCUCCCUAUUAGGGAGCUUUAGCAACGACGUCGGCGACGGCAACCAGGACGUCAAAAAAGCAAUAGGUUUAUUACGCAAAACAACAACUUUGCACGUGCAUCACGCUUUUUUGUACAUUUCUUCACCGUCCUUGCACGACUACGACGUGAAAAUGCCUAAUUGCAAGUUUUAUGGAGGACGUAAACAAGGGACGACGAAUCUCUUUUUCUCUCUCUAAACUUGAGUGCGGUCCUCAAGAAAUUAGCUCCAGAGAAAUUCGCCUGCACUUGCAAUUUUCAGCAAAUUGGAAUAAACGCGACAAAGAUUGAAAAAACGGGAAUUCAUUUUAAAACUGACGUUUUCGCUGCCGUUGCCGUCGUCGAUGCUAAAGCUCCCUAAUAGCCCAUGAGGCCGAAGGCCGAAUGGGCUAUUGACUCAGAGGCCAUGAGGGCGAGAGGAAUAAUUGUUUUAGUAAAAUCCAACUAGUUGGUCAAAAAUAUCGAGACAAAACAACUUUUAGCUGGUUAAAGCUAGACGUAAAUCGCUUUUUGCCGCCAAAAAUCAGGCGCUCUUCGCUACUAGUGGGCUAUAACAUAUAGUCUAGUAGUAGCUUAACCAAUCAGAACGCAGCAUUGAUAAUAGACCACUAGUAGGGCAGGUAGUCAUCCAAUCCAAUUGACUCUUCGUGUUUUUCUUCCAGCCAGGAGAACAUUACGUAUCAAUAACAAAUUACUCUCCAACUGCUGAGCGCCCCGAGGAUCUUCCGUUGACCACGGGCGAGAUCGUGCGGCUUCUUACCGAGGAUGGUGCGUGGGCGUUCGUGUGCACAUUAGACCAAACUAGGAGAAGAGGAUGGGUGCCGUCCUCGAUACUAAAAAAGAAAGGAGGGAUACCGCUCUCCCAAAGGUAGAUAACGUAACGUGCUUCAAUCGCUAGAUUAUAUUAAACAGCCAGAAAUCUCAAGUGCCAUUGUGCUUAAAUAAUGAUAAUAAUAAAAAUAAUAGUAAUAAUAAUAAUACAUUCAUAGUGUGCAAUUUUCCAUAAAAAUGUUCAAAUGCGCAUGACAGACAGUUAACAAAGUAAGAUCUAAAAAUUAAAUAGAUAAAAAUAGUGCUUUGAAUGGGAGCUCCUGACAAUACAAUAUUACAAUAAUAAAAUUAUUUUGAAAAAUUUUACAUACUAAAAUCCAAAAUUACAAACCCUACGAGAUAGAUACCAAGUUAUGAUGAUAAAAUUACUUAAAGGAGCUACGUCGAUCAGGAUGAUAUUGCUGUUUUAGUCCAAUUCUGUGCUAAAGUCCUCACUCUAGUGUGUUUAUCCGGUAGUUAACCAUUAAUUUCAUCACAGAGUUCUCUUCAUAAGAAUGUUUGGCGAUUUUUGCAGCCCUAGCAUUAAAACUUGAAGAAGUCAGGGGCACCCAACGAGAAUAUAGUUCAAAACUACUUAAACAUAGCAUUGUUAAACGUAUUUUAGUAUUUAAACGGUAGAUAUAGGCAUAUUUUCAUCCCCUAAAAAUUUUUCAUCUGUUCGGAUUUCCUAGCUGAAAGUCUAGUGGUCCGAAAAUGAUAGGGAUCAAAACUUACCCAGUCGAAAAUUUCAGGCAGAAAAAAGGCUCCCGAAAAUUGUAGGUGACCUUUUUAGGGUAAAAAGUCCGUUAAAAAUAGGAAAUUGUACCAUUUUUUAGAUGUUCGAAAAUGGUAGGAGAGGCAGGCAAGCAAGAACAUUUACAACUUUUUGUUCCGAAAAUUCUAGAUCUCAGACGUCUUUCGAACAGAUAUUUUUCCGAAAAUUGACGUUGGGUGCCCCUGAGAAGUUGGCCCAAUGAACUUUUUGAAAUGUCAAUCCACGUCCAUCCUUGGAAUUCAGUUGAUGCAAGAAAAGUGUCAGCUUUUAAAAAAGAUAGCAAAUAGCGUGAUUAAAUGCGUGGUGGCCUGCGAGCAGAGUCAAGAAAUCACUUGCAGCAAGCUCUUGACUCCCGGCUAAGCUGAGAGUCUUUUGGUAGGCCAAGGGCUUGGUUAAAAUGGUCAUUCUUGUGUUUUAUCGUGACUGUAUCUUUAUGAAAUUUUGUUAUAUUACCUGAUUGGUCAGAACACUCUUCCUUUGAGAUAUUCAGACCUUAUAUGUCAUUACGGACCUUUAGAUUGUACUACAAUACUAGAACGAGUUUGAGUAUGAUAAGCAAAAUUCACUUGCUGAGGUUUAUUGUUAUGGUUGCAAAACGAGUCGAAUCGCGAUUUUGCGCGUUUUACCACCCACGUUGGAAUCUGUCUUGCAACAACUAAGGUUGCAAAGUUAUUUUUGUAGGAUGGUAAAACGCGCAACAUCGCUAUUGAACUCGUUUUGCAGCAAAGUCACAAACUCAACAAGUUGCACGUUUUUUUGCUCGUUUUACCGCACCUUAAAGUGCCCAUCACCUAAAAUUUUUUAUUUUCUUAUCUGAAACUACACCUUAUCAAAAUAACUUCUGCGAAAAAAUUUUGCGAUUUGAACCACAGACGAUUUUUUUAGAAUUUUUUAAAAACGUUCAAAUUUGCCGCCAUUUUGGCUCACCAUUCGUCUUAGUCUUCUCUCGGACUGUGACAUACUUUAAGGAACACGUGACCUUAUCGACAGGAAAACAUUAAGAGUUCUGAUAAGUUUUUCUUUUUCAGAAAAACUUUCUUCUUACGAAGACAUAGUGAUUCAAUCCUUACUUGUAAUUGAUCUUUUUUGUGUACAGCUGGUGAAGGCAAGGUAUUGUGAGUUCCUUAAUUUACGUCACAUGACGUCAUAUGUGAGCCUGCUAGUUUGCAUGAUCAGCGGCGGGGGUGUACCCCAAAAAUGUAGACUUCAAAAAUUGGUUAAAAAAUCGCGCUUUGUUCAAACCGCAAAAUUUUUUGCAGAAGUCAUUUGAAUAAGGUAUAGUUUCAGAUAAGAAAAUAUAAAAUUUUAGGUGAUGGGCACUUUAAAAACAGAAUCGACCAGGGUAAGAGCGAGAAACUUAGCACCGGAAGUAGUCACGUUCAGUCCUUUUCGUUCUCAUGUGACGUUGUGCUUUCUUUGAUGGUGGACAUUACAUCACUUUUUAUCUCGCUUUUUUUUAAACGCCAGAUCCAAGUCAUUGGGUGAUAUAUAUGAUGCUUCUCAGGAGGAGGAAGCUGUCGCUACUUUUCCUUCAGUAGUUCAGAGAGCGAUGCCUGUACUGUCAUCAAACAAGCCACCUGUGCCCACCCCUCGGAAUGGUGUGGAAAUAAGGAGAACAUCUGUAGACUAUCCCCCUACUGAGCCGGCCCCUCCUUUACCUGGCGCCCCACCUAAUCAUAUAUUCAAACCUGGUAAGUAUGACAAUAUUACGGAGCUGCAAAUAACAUCAAUCAGUCAUUGAACUAUGUCCGAUCAAUAUUUGCCCAUGUUCGACGAAAUUCUACCUUCGGUUGGACAAGAUGACCGAGCUUAUUCGCAGUGGCAGAGGUAGCUGAAGAUUUGCAUAGUAAUUUUAAGAGAUUAAAAGUCAGCAUAAGGUAUGUCCGAGACCUUUUCUGGUUUGUCCGACUAAGACGGUUACCUAGUCGGACAUAUUUCCUUUCUAAAGGAAAAGUUAUUUGGCGACCUGCAGUAGUCCCUCACCAGAACGCGGGAAAAUAUAUAUAGCUGGCUAACAACAUGCGCGGAUAAGUAUGUAGACUUGCUACAAGUCGACCUCCCAAGUUUCUUGGCGAGCGGAGCGAGCUUUUAGGCCUCGAAGCGGAAGAAGGACUGUUUUGAAAGUCUAAUAAGCAUGCAACCUUUGCACUUCCUUUUCACAGCUCAUAACUGUAAACAGUAAAAACACGGAAAAUUUUGCGGCUGAAAUCUUUGACGUCAUUCAUUUUUUAGCGUUCCAAAAAACCACAACACAAGGCUGUAACCCUUUCACGGAAAUUUUAGCGGAAAAUAAGGGUUUUCCUGUUUUGAUUUUUUUUGUAUUGACAACCUGACUAACAACUUUGCAGCCCAAUAGACCUUUGUCACGCAGCAACCAUUUUGUCUCAGGAGAUUUUAAAAGCUUUGUUUAUGCACGGCUAGCCUCGUUCUCUCUACGAGGCUAGCCAUGCAUAAAUAAGGCUUGUUUAAUCUCCUGAGACAAAAUGGCCGCCGUUUGACAAAGGUCUAUAGUCCAUUUUACAGUUACGGGUGCAAACGAGGCUAGAGUUGGCCUUGUUUUGAUAUAAACGUUCUUACUUUAUUAUGUUAAUCCGUGUUAUUCUAAUACUAACUAGUAUUUUUAGCAUGACUUUCAGGUUUGUAUUAAAACAAGUCAACCUCAGCCUCGCGUUCAUUUAGAGGCUAAGGUACUAAACUCAUAACUGUAAAAUGGUCUAUUCCCCCCGUGGAGACUCAUGGUCAAUGAUGACGGACAACUAAACAUUUUGAGAACUACACCUACUGAACUCGUUUUCAAAACCCCUAAAAAGAACUCUGUGAAAGGGCUUUGUUGCAGCGACCCAUCAUUUGAAAAGUAAAUAUUCAUUACUUUAGAUCUCAUUUCGUUCGCCGCGCUUUGUUCUUUUGCUAAACCAAAAUAUCUCUGAACUACCCGAAUUGCUCUAAUCUUGUUUUGUGUUCGACGAAAUUUUUUCAGUGUAAAUAAAUCACUUACACGGUUUAACCAGGAAGUGAGCAAGAAACAAUAAUUUUUUUUAUUGUCUAGCCCUCUUUUACUUUUGCGUGUAUCUCGUGGUCAGGGUGAACCUGUGCAGUCCAGAAUCUAAAAUCUUCUAUGUUUUUUUCCUGUAUGUUUUAGGCAAGGUUAACGCACACUACUUUGCAAAAGAAGACUUUACAACAAACAGUAGCAAGUGCAUUUGUAUACGUAAAGGAGAAUUGGGGCAAUUACUGGAAGUUCAAUCCUUAGGCUGGUGGAAAAUGUGUGUGGAGGGUGUGGUUGGAUGGACACCAGGUGAAUUCUGGGAUAUGCUGCAGGUAAGACCAUUUUUCAACCACGUUCACCUCGUUCCGAGGUUCUUCUCCAACUCGGGGGCCGAGUAGGAGAAGACCCUGGAGACGAGGUUGACCAUUUUUUUAGGGCGUAGAUUAAGGCUGCAGGGGACACCUCUCUAUGAAUAAAUUCAUAAGGCAAAAUUUUGCUUGUGCUAUAACUUUUCAAACGCCUAUAUCUCGGCUGUUUUAGAGGCGAUUUAGAUAAAAUUUUACAGAGACACUGUGAAAUGAUGGAAGUUUAGGAGGGUUGUUUUUUUUAUUUGGUAGAUCGCGCUUUACAGCGAUGCUUUAAGCCACAGUUGUACGAAACUGGGAAAUCGUGAUUUUGUUUUCCAAGUUUGCCGAAAGAAUAGAAGACAUCACUCUGAUUUUAUUAAUAAAUGAUGGGUCAAAACCUCUGAUGUGUCAUGUAUCGCGCAGAUUUUGCAAUUUAAAGUUUGUCAGCAAGAUGUAAUCAUUUAAAUGAGCAAAAUCUAUCAUCCCUGAAAUUAACGCCUAAUAUAAUCUUAUAAAAGCGCUCUUUUUGAAAUAUUUUGCGAUUCCUUCUUUAGUUAUACAUUUUAGUUUCAGUGCGAGGUUCAGUUUUGAAUACAAUGUCACUCCCCUUUGUCUUUAAACACCCUGCAAAGGGAAUGAUUAAGGCUGGUUUUCACUAGCGACGGAGUUGGAGUCAGAGUCGGAAUCGUAAGCGGAGUCGUUAGAGCGCUUAUGACAUUGUGAAAAUCAAAAGUCGGAGUCGUAAUAAGCGCAACGGAGUAGGACACAGAAGAAUCAGACCGUUUCCAUUUUCUUUCGACUCCGCUUAUGACUCCGUCGCUUCGUUCCACUUAUGAUCUAGUGACCAGAUUGUCGGAGUCGAAAGCAGAAGCGGAAGGAUAAACCAAUCACAAGGCACGUUCCCACGCUUUGUGAUUUGUUUAGUUCUUCCGCUUCUGCUUGCAACUUCGACGACCCAGUUUUCACUUGAUCAUAUACGGCGGUGUCGUAAGCGGAAUCACAACGCUGUUUUCACUAGAUCGUAAAGUUCUACGCUUCUGAUUACGACUGCGACUGCUAGUCUGCUACUCUGUUGCUAGUGAAAACCAGCCUUUAAAGAUAAAUAUACAUAUUUCAACACUUGACUUAUCCAGGAUGACCAGGAAGAUGCCGCUGACAACAUUGAAACUGACAGGUCAAGACAUAGUUCUUUUGGUAAGCUGUUUCUUAUUGCCCACGUUUUUGUUGUUUUAUGUCCAGUCUGUUUUCUCCUACUUACAUAGCUAACAUGUUUAGUUACCAAAGUGCCAGUUAUGCUUUACAAGUUUCACCAUACCCUGGUUUAACCGUUUAACACAUUGUAAACACGGCAUAAGUUAAUUAUCCAGGGCCUACGUUGGGAGCAAAGCUGACUGAAGAUACAUGUACAAGGAGAGCAGAAACUCCGAACAUUUUCAAAAAUCGCAUGAGAACGAUGGACUUAAGUAAUUCAAUCAGUGAUUAUGCCAACACUGUUCUUUUGGGACUGAUCAUUAUAUAUGUGGGGUGCGCGGGAGGAGAAGGGCAAGGGUUUCAACUCGUUAUAGGGGAUAUAUUUUUUCAUUAAAAAAGGAGGUAAUUUUUUUUUAGGUUGUGCUGUAUUAAAACUAUUAACCUGUAUAGGCUAUUGUUGUACCACCAAUUCGUUUUUGUUGGAGUUAAAAUUUUGUCAAAAAGUUUAGACUGAUUAAUAAAAAAAAGCCUCUGUAUGAUAGGCAUAAUUACCCGACCAUUUUAGUUUACUUCUUUUGGGCGAGACCGAGCCUUUCAGUAGGAAAUAUGGAGCAUUACGGGGAGCAUUUUAGUCGGAGGAAACAAAAGCAUAAUGUACAAAUGUCUAUCUGGUUCUAGGCCCAGGAAGGCGCACGAAUAUUUUGACCUUCAGUAGUAUUUGUUUGUAUUUUUUAAACUCUUUUUCUAACUGACAGUUGUGAAUUGUUUGUACUUUUAUUUUUGCAGGAGAUGAAUUGUGGUAUUAUGGUAAAAUGUCGCGUCAAAAGUGCGAAGAGCUUAUGUUGAGGGUAAGAUGAUGGAGCUUUUAUUUCUAUAAUCCCCAGCGGUACGAUGGAGAACUGGUGUUUAAUCUUAACACACUUAUCUGUGCAUGAUUUAUGUUUAGAUGUUUACGAAGUAGUAAUAGAUACUCACCGGGAGCUCCCACUCGCAAACGCUCCAAGGUAGAGAUGAGUUAUGGAAGAGGCGAACCCGGAGGCGGGAAGGAGCGGGAGCUAAGGCGCCAGAGUGUGCCAUCGCUGCGGGGAGGUGGGUGGGGCGACAAACUAGGUGUCUGGUGUCCGUUUUAACCAAAAGAGCAAUAAACAGCAUGAAAACAGAUAUAUGCACAACAAGUUCCCCCGCGGGUCCACAGAUGCGCCGGAAUUUAAAUGCACGGGUCCCAAGGGCACAGGGAGCGCUUGCGCGUGACGGCUCCCAGUGAGAAUAAAUGCGAAAUGAAAAGAGCCGCAACUUUAAACUUUUCAGCCAAAACUUUGAUUUCCAUUAUUCUUUCCGUUUUUGACCCAUUUUCUCCUCAUUAAGUAACAACAGUUCACACGGCCAAAAUGGAUCGAAAGAGAUGUGCCUUUUUUACUUUCCAAGCCCUAAUAACAAUCUGUUCACAUUAGUGUAAUGAGAAAUGUAUGGAGAACACUGAGUUACGUAGUACGUAUGCGUGUUAAACAAAAAUUCAUUGUUCAGCCAUUCGGAUAUUUUUUUCCUCUCCGGCCUGGCGCUGUAAAACACAAUGAAUCCUCGAUGAGUUGGUCAGUUUACGUUUCCCUCGACGAUUGAGUGACAAAAUUGGGUUUCUGCUGUCGACAUAAACGAGAUAUUUUUUGCUUAUUCUUACAGAGUGCCAAAGAGCUGGAUUACUUGAUAAGGGAGAGCACACAGAAGGUAAAUAUGCAAAUCAUUUUUGGUUCCAGAAAAUAAUUCUGCUGGUUGGAACGCAAGAGACACGGCAUAAGUUCUCUUACCCUGCCAGCACAGCUAUUCUUUCGCUUGCUCAAUUUUGGCGCAGAUAGGCCGUGCUUGAAUCGAGAAGAUCUUUAUUGAGCAUGCGCUGCAUGUUGGUAGGAUAUAAUUUCAAACCCAUGCCUAGUCCAGAAGCUGGGGCUUGCUGAAGCGAUUCGUCUUGUAGUUGAAGCGUAUUCUGGCCUUUAACGAUUUCUAUGUUUGUGUGUUAACGCUUGUAAACACGCGUUGCACAAGCCAUUUCAAAAGCAUAAACCUAUGAGCUCGCAUGGCCUUUGUUUCGGUAUUCCCUACAGAGAGGAAAGACAGCGCCGCCAGACUUCGACCAAUGAGAGCGAUCCAGUUCACGCUUCAUCUGUAAUAUUACAGACCUGUUUCUAGCUCAACUGUAACUAAAAUGUCCCGAGAACAAUAGGCAUUCUGCGCCAGCGAUGAUUCUCCUCCUCUUUGAAGAGACUCUGCUCGCAGCUGGGUGUAAUUUAUCUGUUUAUGAAUGCACUCGUUUAUAAUUACGUCUUUAUACUUUAGCUAUUGUAUUUGAAUUCUAAAAAGUAUUUAUAGAGUGGUUGACUGACUCAAAACUCCACCGUUAAGUAAACUAAUCUCUCUAGCUAAUCCAAAUGGACACAGAAAAAACUUUGAACCAAUCAAAAGUAAACUAGUAAUACCAGGAGCCUGAUGCUAGUAAACCUAACACCAAUUAAGCGCGGACAACACUAUCGAACAAGUCAAUACAAGUUUGUUAUUUUUACCGUAGUUUGGAAAAUAGCGUAAGUUCUUUUCCCCAAACACAAGGCAUUGUAAACAAAUUUGAAACCCGUUGUUAUUAUUAGAAAAGUAUUCUGGCUUGUAUAAUGUUUCAGCUCACUCUAACAAGCUGCUGUCUUUCACUUUUUCAGUUUGCGUCUUUUGUCCUAUCUGUCAAGUAUGGUGGAAGGUAAUUCUGUGUUGCUUUUGACCGCUAUAAUAUAAGUUCAAUUUUCUUAGGGGCUCAUAGUAUAAUUGUAAAGUAAUGUCUUGAUUUUGCCAUUUUUUACGCUGAGCUGUUCGUCAAAAUUAAUGUCAAAACAAUUCUAGAUCGUUUAAAUGGCAAAAAAAUUUAGUUCCCAAUCAUUCUCAACUCAAACGUUAUCCAUUUUAAAUGUGAGAAGGAGUUGUGUAGUUGAUUUAUUCUGGCCAAUAUGGUAAGGCGACUAUCUAGGCCUUAUUGAAAAGUUAUCUAUCAACUCCGGCUUUUAGUUUGUUAAUUUAAUUAGUUUUCUUUUCAAAUUAAUUUAUUUGGGUGGAUUCAUAUUCAUUUGAAGAACACGCGCUUACUUUCUUCGCAUUUACCCGAUGAAAUUUUUCAAUUCUCUUAGAAAAUGUUUGUUUGUUUAUUUUUUCCAGAAUUCGUCAUUUUCCCAUUGAAUUAACUCCAAGUGGUCGUUACGUCAUUGGUAAACAUGCGUUUGAUGGUCUAACAGAGAUUGUGACAUUUUACAAGCAGAACGCGUUAUUUUACACGCAAUACAAGGAGCCAGUGAGCCUUGGUGAUUCAUUCAGAGGAAUGUAAAGGGACGUGUACUCUUAGUGGAAGAGUAGUAAGAAGAAGAACUCAGUUCACCGAUUCUAGAGCUUAGUUGCUUCAUUGCAAUAUUUUGGUGUUCGCAGAGUUGUAUAUUUUGAAGCAGGAUGGAAUAUAUUUUUCUUAAAGCUAAAAACACCGAAAUAAAAUGUUCAAGCAAAGCAGGAAUAUUGCCUACAGCAGUAGUUCCAAAAGUGGCGCAAAUAUUGCCAGAGUUAGAAAAAGCAAUGUUACUUAGAAAACGUUCCUGCAAACUUAAUGUUACUAUGCUAAUUGAAGCUCGGAUAACGAGGAAAGAGCUACUUUAAUGCCAUACAAUACAGUCAUAUUGCAAUUGCAGAGAUUAACGUAAACAAGUUUAAACUGAGGAAAGCAUUCUACAGCCUUUAUUAAAGGGCGGUUAUCAGUGAGGUCCUGAAUGUUGAGGAAGCUAUAGCCCAUUUUCUGACUCUCCUCUUGAUAGCCUGCAUGCUAGCUCCGAACCUCUCACGUCUUGCAAAGCAAGAGACAACCGUGAAGCAUUCCAGUGGUCACGAUUGGCUUUGAGCUUGAUGACGUCGUGCCAGCGUCCGCCAAUAAGCUGUAAGCUCCUCUUCAUUGUCUAACUACCUGUUCCUAAUUCCUUAUUGGGUGCAAACGUAUCUUAGGACGGCUACAUAAUCGCUGAGAUAUUGUAGUCCUAGUUUAGUGAGUAGUGAGAAUAUAAGGUCUCUCUAAUUUAGCGUAAGCAGUGUAAAGUCUACAAAAAAGCUCUUGACUAAUUAUUGCUAAUGCCAAAACAAAGCCUUUGUUG